CUCGUCGGGGGUCGGACUCGCUGAUCCAAAAAUAAAGACCGCUUCAAGCGGCGUGGUUAAAAUUAGUCUGACGGCUCGUCAGACCGCCGCGUCGCGUCACCUGCCACAAAAUACACAUAGCGGCCGGCGCGUCUUUAAGCGUACUGUACUCGUGUUUUUAUGUAUCUAUAUUAACACACACAAAAAUCGAGGUUCCAAUAACAGGCUGAGUUGCGGUAGCUCGCAGAAAGGGCUAAAGCAUUAUUUGGCCUUCAAAACGUUGCGUCUAUGUGGCCGCGCCAUUUGCACAAAAAGGAAAGAAAAAGCAGGAAACUUCAUUUUAUUUUCCGUCUCUCUUUUGGGUGCUUUUUGCGGCACUUAUCUUGUCAGCAAACACAACAUUUUGGGAGUCUAAACAAAUCAAGAGGAGGGUGAGUCUGUGUCGAAAACGGAAUCCAGUCAACGAAGCACCAAGAACUGUUUUUGCGGCUUAACCCAAGCUGGGGUCACGCACGCGCCGAGAUGCGCAUGCGCGCGCGGACCUUCGCGCUGUUGUUGCGUGCAAGGCGACACGGCGAUGGCGGGCACCGCGCUGAAGAGACUCAUGGCCGAAUACAAACAGCUGACCCUCAACCCCCCGGAAGGAAUCGUGGCAGGCCCUGCCAACGAGGAGAACUUUUUUGAAUGGGAAGCGCUCAUCAUGGGCCCGCAGGACACGUGCUUCGAAGGCGGAGUCUUCCCGGCCGUCCUCACUUUCCCCUCCGAUUAUCCUCUCAGCCCCCCCAAGAUGAGAUUCACCUGCGACAUGUUUCACCCGAACAUCUACCCCGACGGCCGCGUGUGCAUCUCCAUCCUGCACGCGCCCGGCGACGACCCGAUGGGUUACGAGAGCAGCGCCGAGCGGUGGAGUCCGGUCCAGAGCGUCGAGAAGAUCCUGCUGUCCGUGGUUAGCAUGCUAGCAGAGCCAAACGACGAAAGCGGCGCAAACGUAGAUGCCUCGAAAAUGUGGCGCGACGACCGGGAUCACUUUUACAAACUGGCGCAGAAGAUCGUACGCAAGUCCCUGGGCUUUUAGUGACGACGUCACGCGUGUGGUGGUGCUUGUUUGAAAGCCGCUUGGGCCCGCUCACAUAUUUUUGCACGCUGCGAUUGGCGCGGAGGCGGAGCGCCCAAGCCCCGCCCGCACCACGAGGCCCGUACUCCUUAGCGCUCGUUGGCCGCGCAGGACCGUCACGUGACAAAACGCGGACGGCAAGUUGUCACGUUGUCGUUUGUACGGAUUCCGGUAUGCAUUUGACGUACUGGUGCCCUUUUCGGUCUCCCGGUCCAACUUGAAACUGGAUAUCAAGGAGAAAUGUUCCCAGCGCUUCAAGGUGCCCACUAUUCAUGCGACGUGUGUGUGUGUGAGUGAAAGCGAUGACAUUAUGAAAAUGUUUUUGUUCAAUUUGACAUCUUUGACGUGAAGCGACUGUUUGACAAAGAUGUCAAAUAAACACCAAAUUGUAAAUGUGCA